AUGGCUGAGCAUUACCGGAACGAGAGGGACUAUUUCAAGUCCGCCCUUUCCCAGCAGCCCGGCGCUGAGCAGCACUACGAGAGGCCUCCGUCACCUUGCCUCCGGCGAUCAUCCUCCGCAACUUCGCCAUCCUCGACUAGUGUCAAUUCUGCAGGGUCUCUGGUUCCAGGCAAGGCCGACGACCUUUGCUUUGACGCCGUGGGAAACCGAACUUCCGUUACCUCCACUGUGGAUGAGGAGGCAACUCUCUCCCCAGUCACACCCGCUCCAGCCAACAUGGAACGGUCGCCGCUACCCUCCGCCGAUAAGUGGCCGUCGCAAUCUUCCAAUAGACUUUACACUAUGACGCGGCUCAAACGCGACGGUAACGCCGUCCUCAUACACCCAGACCUGUGGGGAAUCCUAUUAACCGACCCGGGGCGUGAAGAUGAUUGGGUAAUACCCAAUACUGAGGGAGGAGACAUCUGUCGGCUUAGCUACUUUGAAGUAGCCUCCCGUGCGAGUCUGAUCCAAGCAUGUGGUCGGCGGUACCAAGCUUGGGCGGCUAAUACGGUCGUGGAGCAAAUGCAGCUACUGGCGUGGAAGGAACUGGGCCAGAAGGACAUAUUGAUCGACCGACGUCGCCUCUGCGAGCUGAUUGUGCUGGUCUACAAGAGAGUUCAAAUAUGGAUGAUUUUAGAUAAUUUAGUUGCCACUGGGAAGUUUUUGUACUUUGGGCAGAGCACGUACGUUCUGAUAUUGAGCACUGGCAUCGCCCAUGUGUCUAUGGCGGAAUGGUUCGAAAACAAGGUUGAGAUUAAAGAGGUCGAAGAAUGACUUCACUCAAAGUCACCCAGAACCGGACCGCGCCAGGUCUGUAUCGACGGCAGAGCGCGAACCCACAACGGCGCCAGAGCCCACGGCGGCGGAAAGGGGUGGGCUUAGAAGGAUAGCACCGCUCUUUGCAGCUCCAACGCCCUUGAUCACUAUGUACAAGAUAUAGAGAUGACGCCACCGGCGAGGAGAUUCAAGUAAGGGUUGGG